AAUAAAUCAUAGAGAAAUAAGAAAGCUGAUGGGUUGUUGAAAAUCAUGCGAGCAGAGUGAAAAGGAUGACCAUUUUGACAUGAGCUUGGAUAGCUCUCAGAGAUCAAGCAUUCCUCCCAAGAAUAAUCGCCCUGUUCCCCGUCCUGAUGCUAUUGGUAAUGAAAUGAGGUGAUCAGAGGUGGAGCUUUCUCUGUACUCGGAGUUCUCAGAGGAUGACCAUGAUAAUACCAAUCAUACUCUAAACAAGGAUUCUCAGAUAGGCUACAAGAGUAUGUUCAAUCAGAAAAUUAUCGAGAAGAUGGUGAAGUUCUGUGAUGAUGAAGUAAGACGUACUUAUAACAAGCUCGGCCCUUUUAAAAUUCGUUCAACUGACAUCUCAACUAAGAUGCAAAAUAUGCAGUCAGAUCUCGAAUACAGAAAAUCAGUCAUGCAGAUGAACAAUUCUGAGUACUACUGAGGACAAUGGGCUAUAGGGACCGACUCCAGAAGUGGAAGAGGAAUCUAUGCCAAUGGAAAAGAGCUAUAUGAAGGUUUCUGGUAUAAUAACAUGCAACAUGGCAAAGGCCGCCAAAUAUUUUCCAAUGGAACUUACUAUAUUGGUGACUUCUGAGCCGGAGCCAAGGAAGGAACAGGAUCACUAGUUUGGCAAGAUGGAGCUGAGUAUUCAGGGUCCUUCAAAAACAAUAGUUUUGAAGGCACAGGGACUUAUAAAUGGGCUAAUAACAAUUAUUAUCAAGGAAACUUCAAGAGAGGCAAGAUGGACGGACAAGGCGUAUUUCAUUGGACAGAUGGCAGAAUUUACGAAGGUGAUUUCGUAGAUGGGUCUAGACAUGGAAAAGGAGUCUACACCUGGCCAGAUGGAAGAUGAUACGAUGGAGAAUGGAAAGAUGGAAAACAACAUGGAAUUGGAAUAUUUAUAGAUAAAAAUGGAAAGAAAAGAAGAGCUGAGUGUUGAAAUGGAGAAAAAGUGCAAUGGCUUGAUUAAUAUCUAACAAAAGUAAUUUUACUUUGAAAUUUAUCCCGAAAACUGUUUCACUCCUAUCUUCAGCGAUACUUACUGAUGAAACAUAGGCACAAAUCGAUACUUGC